AUUUGUCAGCAACAAGGAGAUAAGCAAAGCACCGGCCAAUUGGAAGCUUCAAACACACAAAGCAAAGAAGAACAAACAUAGAAAGGAUCAAAAUAAAAUGGCUCAAGCAAUUUCAACUUCGUCUUGUUGCAGUAUCCUCUUCUCAAAAUCCCACCGUUCCAUCUCCCCUCUUUCUCCUCACACUCUGCUUCGUUUUAAUCACUACUCCCAAGGUUUCACCCACAGAAUUCCAGCCGGUCUUCAAUAUAAAGCGGUGGAAUUUCCAUUGCCAGCAACAACAGUGACACAAGUCCAAAACAAGGAGCCAAGGAAGACGACCCAGUUUGCACUCGAGAAUUUAACCUCUUGGCUGUUGAAACAAGAACUAGCAGGCAACAUCGAUGCCGAGCUCACUGUUGUUCUAUCAAGCAUCUCCUUGGCUUGUAAACAGAUAGCUUCUUUGCUCCAAAGAUCAAGCAUCAUCAAUCUCACCGGCGGCCAGGGUACUAUCAAUAUCCAAGGUGAAGACCAGAAGAAGCUGGACGUUAUAUCCAAUGAGUUGUUCUGCAACUGCCUAAGAUCAAGUGGACGAACAGGGAUUAUAGCAUCGGAAGAAGAAGAUGUACCUGUGGCGGUUGAAGAAACUUAUUCUGGGAACUACAUUGUUGUCUUUGAUCCUGUUGAUGGAUCCGCCAAUAUUGAUACUGCAUUGACAACUGGAUCAAUAUUUGGCAUAUAUGGCCCUGACCAGCAAUGCCUUAUCGAUCUCGAUGAUACCUCUACGCUAGAUCAAGCAAGAGAAAAAUGCAUCAUCAAUGUUUGCCAGCCAGGGAAAAACUUAUUGGUUGCAGGCUAUUGUCUAUAUUCAAGCUCUGUAGUCUUCACUAUUUCCUUAGGCAAGGGGGUGUUUGCAUUCACCCUAGAUCCCACUUAUGGGGAAUUCGUGUUAACACAUGAGAAUAUCAAAAUACAUGAGGCUGGUAAAAUUUAUUCUUUCAAUGAAGGAAAUUAUGACCUCUGGGAUGAAAAACUGAAGAACUAUCUCGACCACCUUAGGCAACCAGGAUCCAACGGCAAACCUUAUUCGGGCCGCUAUAUUGGUUGCCUUGUCGGUGAAAUUCAUCGAAUGCUGCUUCGUGGAGGUAUCUAUGGCAACCCUAGGAACAUGAACAGCAAAAAUGGAAAUCUGAGACUACUAUAUGAGUGUGCACCUAUGAGCUUUUUAAUAGAACAAGCUGGUGGCAUUGCGAUAGAUGGAGAACAAAGAAUUCUUGAUAUCAUACCUGAGCAGGUACACCAGCGUACACCAAUUUUCCUUGGAAGCCCAGAUGAAGUUCAGAAACUACAGAAGUACAUAGCUUGAGCCCCAAAGUAUGAGUUUCGACUCUUUUGCUUGCUAGGAGCAUAUUUCCGAAACUCAAGGAUGACAAGAGAAGAUUACAAUUAGAGAAUAAAAUGAUUAGACAAUCAAACUGUUAUCAGCAGCAUCCAUGGUAUCCUUAGUAUCCUACUACAUGAUUAAAUUUAAAAAAAAACAUUUGGUUAA